AUGAGACGACGCCUUCCCAUCGUCGUGCUUGCCGCUGCUGCCAGUGCCACUACCACGACCGACCUCAAAGGUCUUCGGGAGAAGCUGCCGGCGUGCUCACUGGCGUGUAUCGUCAAAGAGGUCUCGCCCUGCCUCGUUUCGGAUGGCUGCUCCUUUGAGGAUAUCACCGACACUGCUGCUGCUGUCGCUGGCGCCUGCGCCGAUCUCAUUGCCGCGGGCACAACUGCUCAAGCCACUCCCUCAUCGAGCCAGGCUGUCUCCCAAACGACGAGCGAGCCUGUCGGCGAACCAACACCAGGUUCAGCUGCAUCAUAUGGGGCUGGAAUAGUCGGCGUUGUGCUUCUUGCUGUUGCGGCGGCUAUGUGA